UCAAGGGGCAGGCUGGGCACUUGUACCUCCACUGUAGCAGCCAUGGACCGUUUCCAGCAGGGACAGUGACGUGCUGAACCGAAUGCCUGAGUGCCACUCUCCUCCAGAGAGAAAGGAGUCUGGAAAGCAGCAGUGACAGAAGAAGAGACUCUCACUGCAUGGAGAGGAGGAAGACAGAAUCUCCUAACUGGUACCACAUACAUCAGAUGGAUGGUCUCUAGUCUGCUUCCAAACCUGCCCUCGGCUCAGUGCUGGGCAGCACUUCUACAUGAUCCUAUGACGCUUGAUAUGGAUGCAGUCCUGUCAGACUUUGUUCGGUCCACGGGGGCAGAACCUGGUCUGGCCAGAGACCUGCUGGAAGGCAAAAACUGGGACCUGACAGCUGCUCUAAGCGACUAUGAGCAACUCCGCCAGGUACACACAGCCAACCUGCCACAUGUGUUCAACGAAGGGAGGUGUGCCAAGCAGCCUGAGCGAGAGCCACCCCAGCCCGGGCACAAGGUGGAGCGGCCCUGCCUACAGAGGCAGGACGACAUUGCACAAGAGAAGCGCCUUUCCCGGGGGAUCUCCCAUGCCAGCUCAGCCAUCGUCUCCCUGGCCCGCUCCCAUGUAGCGAAUGAAUGUAACAAUGAGCAGUUCCCACUGGAGAUGCCCAUCUACACAUUCCAGCUGCCGGACCUAAGUGUCUACAGUGAGGACUUCAGGAGCUUCAUUGAGCGGGACUUGAUCGAGCAGGCCACCAUGGUUGCUCUGGAGCAGGCAGGUCGCCUGAACUGGUGGUCUACAGUGUGCACAAGCUGUAAACGGCUCCUUCCUUUGGCCACAACAGGGGAUGGGAACUGCCUCUUACAUGCCGCCUCACUGGGAAUGUGGGGCUUUCAUGACCGAGACCUGGUUUUGCGGAAAGCUCUCUAUACCAUGAUGAGGACGGGUGCUGAGCGGGAAGCCCUGAAGCGGAGGUGGAGGUGGCAGCAGACACAGCAGAACAAGGAGUCAGGGCUGGUGUACACGGAGGAGGAAUGGGAGCGAGAGUGGACAGAGCUGCUGAAGCUGGCCUCCAGUGAGCCUCGCACACACUUCAGCAAGAACAGCGGCACAGGCGGUGGUGUGGACAAUGCAGAGGACCCCGUGUACGAAAGCCUAGAAGAGUUCCAUGUCUUCGUCCUAGCCCACAUACUACGAAGACCGAUCGUGGUGGUGGCAGACACCAUGCUAAGGGACUCAGGCGGAGAAGCAUUUGCACCCAUCCCGUUUGGAGGAAUCUACCUGCCCUUGGAGGUUCCUCCCAACCGGUGCCACUGCUCCCCCCUGGUUCUGGCCUACGAUCAGGCGCACUUCUCAGCCCUUGUGUCCAUGGAGCAGAGAGACCAACAAAGAGAACAAGCCGUGAUCCCGCUGACAGAUUCGGAACACAAGCUGCUGCCCCUACACUUUGCGGUGGACCCCGGAAAGGACUGGGAAUGGGGGAAAGACGACAACGACAACGCCCGACUGGCUCACCUCAUCCUGUCCCUAGAAGCCAAGCUGAACCUUCUGCACAGCUACAUGAAUGUGACGUGGAUCCGCAUCCCUUCCGAGACCCGGGCUCCCCUAGCACAGCCAGAAUCGCCAACGGCCUCAGCAGGGGAGGAUGUGCAGUCCCUGGCAGAAUCGCUAGACUCCGACCGCGACUCUGUGUGCAGCAAUUCCAACAGCAAUAAUGGCAAGAAUGGUAAGGACAAGGAGAAGGAGAAGCAGCGCAAGGACAAAGACAAGACCCGUGCAGACUCCGUAGCCAACAAGCUGGGGAGCUUCAGCAAGACGCUGGGCAUCAAGCUGAAGAAAAACAUGGGUGGUCUUGGCGGCCUGGUGCACGGUAAGAUGGGCCGCGCCAACUCCGCCAAUGGCAAGAACGGCGACACGACGGAACGCGGCAAAAAGUCCAAAUCGCGCAAGGGCAGCAAAGAGGAAUCAGGUGCGUCUGCUAGCACCUCACCGUCGGAGAAAACCACGCCAUCGCCCACGGACAAGGCGGCGGGCGAGUCGCCGGCGGAGAAGGGCAGCGGGCAGAGAAGCGACGCCUGGAAGUACAGCACCGAUGUGAAGCUGAGCCUCAACAUCCUGCGAGCCGCCAUGCAAGGGGAGCGCAAGUUCAUCUUCGCCGGCCUGCUGCUCACCAGCCACCGGCACCAGUUCCACGAGGAGAUGAUCGGCUACUACCUAACCAGCGCGCAGGAGCGCUUCAGCGCCGAGCAGGAACAGCGGCGCCGGGACGCCGCAGCCGCAGCCGCUGCCGCCACGGCCGCUGCCGCCACGGCCACCGCCAAGCGGCCGGCGCGCGGACCCGCCCCAGGCCGCAGCCCGCCGGCGCCCGCGCGCCAGAGCGUCAUCCACAUGCAGGCGGCGGCCCGAGACGAGGCGUGCCCUCCGGCCGUGGGCGCGCUGCGGCCGUGCGCCACGUACCCGCAGCAGAACCGCUCUCUGUCGUCUCAGAGCUAUAGCCCGGCGCGCGCCGCGCUGCGCACGGUCAACACGGUGGAGUCGCUGGCGCGCGCAGUGCCCACCACAAUGCCCGGCGGUGCGGGCGGCCAGGGGCCGGCAGAGCACAAGUCGCAGACCUACACCAACGGCUUCGGCGCGGCCCGAGACGGGCUGGAGUUCGCCGACGCCGAUGCGCCGGCCGCGCGCUCGAACAGUGAGGGCGGCCGCGGAGGCCCGGGGCCCGCGCAGCGCCGCUGUCUGCGCGAGAACUGCGCGUUCUACGGGCGGGCGGAGACCGAGCACUUCUGCUCCUACUGCUACCGCGAGGAGCUGCGGCGGCGGCGCGAGGCGCGCGCGGCCCGGCCCUGAGUGCCCGGACUGCUUUUCCAUUCUGUCGGUGUCUUUUUUUUUACCUGCUCUGGUCAACCGAAGGGCCGUCGCCUCCUCGGUCAGUGCCGUGUAUGUGUUUGGUCAAACGUUCCUAAUGGUGCCUGAACCUACACUGACGCCACUCAGGUAGUAGACGGAUAGGAAACAAGUCAUACUGUUGGAAGUGGGUGUGCUAGCCUAGCAUCUGCCUCGUACCUGUGGAAACUCAAUAGCCAUUGCAAGAGUAUUUUUGUUCCUCUAUACGAGAAAUAAAGAAAAUCGCAGCCCUUUGUUUUUAGAAGGGAGUGUUUUACAUGCUUUUUUUUCCCUAACCUAGCGACUGACCUCUUCCAGGUAGCGGUCACUUGCGUGCGGUUGGUAGCACCCAGGGUUCAGAAGCAACAUGCAGCCCGGCCUGGGGUGGAGCUCCCUCCGCGGCUCCCACCCGCUUCCCAUCUGGGUCCCUGGAGACCUGGAGCAGGAAUCUUGCUACCCGCUGACGCUCUAGUGCUCAGUCUGGCCCUUAGGAACCCCCGGCUCCAUUUCAUAAGCAAAACAUCCUCCCACAGCCCUCGGCUGGAGCAUCAUUCACACUGCCAUCCAAGCCGCGGGCGACCACAGAAGGGGCACUGGACAACCUACCUCUUGGGGCGCGUGGUGAGGUGUAGUGAUGGCUCCCCGGUGCUGGGCAGCUCAGGUGAUAGGAGCUGCCCAAAGACACUUGGGGUCCAGAAAGCAGGGCCCUGAACUCUAUUCGGAUGGGUCCUCAAGUAGGAGCCAAAGUAAGAGCCUGCUCAUAUUUCUCCUUUGAAGAUACUAACACGGUGUGAGCUGUCGCUGGAGGGCCCCUUGGGAGAUAACAUCACAUCCGUGCCCCAGGAGAGGGGACAGAAUUGACCCCUCGGUCACUGUGUCAGCCCUCCUUGGGCUGCUUUGAACCCGGCCUGGCCUCCUUCCUUAGGGAAAGGUCUGCGAGGAGGAGCCGGGAAGGAAGGAAACCACCCCAACGCCACCUGCAUCUGUCUGGAUUCAGCCAGGUAAAGGGUUCUCUCUGCUGGUGGAGCCCCCUCCACAGGGCAGGCGAACCUGUCCCUGGCUCCAUGCCACAUUGAGGGAGCAGCCCAGUCUCUGAGCAGUCUCCUUUUUGGUGCCUCCUACAUUUCUUGAGGAAAAUUUAAAAAAUAAUGUGUCCUUAGCUACCCUGUUUUGAGCAGCAAUAUGCAGCCUCUUCCUUCCAAGAUUACCUCUGCAGACCACUGUUCUGGCCAAGGAGCCUGAAGAGCUGACCAGCUUCAAUAAAAAGAGAGCCUGCUUCCAGGAAAUACGGAUAAGAUGGAUAAAAUCCUCACUAACAAAAGAAUACUUUCCUACCUAUGAGAGCUUUAGCGUAGCCCUGGUAACCCCAAAACAGGAGAAAGCAUCUUGCCUUGUCAGCUUAUCCUCAGAAAAUGCAGAAGGUGGCUCAGGUUGUCACUGGAGCCAGCCUAUCCUCCUGAGAGGUUGCUUCAUCCCCUGACAUCCAGAGCAGCAAAAGCAAAAAAUAAAAAUUUUAAAAAGAUGG